AUGUACAGCCCGGACUCAUCUGUGUUCGACCUCCCGUUGCAGUCAGAUAAUAGCACAAGGACAAUACAAGGAACGUGGGAUGGACACGAUCCAACACUAAUAACCAAUGGCCAUGUCCAUUUCCAGAACCAAGUGCCAGAAGCAAGGCACUCAAAACCGUCGUUCUUAGUGAUAUCCGGCGGUUCAGGCGGAAACUCCGUAUGUGCUGCAUUCGAAAACGCAUGUUACGUUCUUCCGGUCUCGGACGACGGCGGUUCGUCCAGUGAGAUAAUCAGGGUACUCGGUGGACCAUCUAUAGGUGACAUUCGCUCAAGACUUGUCAGAUUGAUCCCUCUCGCUCCUCCCGGUUCGCCUCUCGAUGCUGUGCGCACCCUUUUGUCCUACAGAUUGCCCUUGAACGUGUCCGAAAGCGAAGCACGUGCUGAAUGGCGGAGCAUCAUCGAAGGUCAAAGUCCUCUGUGGUCGGGCAUCCCUAACGAUCGAAAGGAGGUCAUCCGAGGCUUCCUGGUUUACUUUGAGAACGAGGUCCUCAAGCGAGCACACAAACACUUCUCGUUCUUGAAUGGAAGCAUAGGUAACUACUUCCUGGCAGGCGCGCAGGGCUUCUUCCGGUCCUUACCAUCCGCAAUAUUUUUAUUUUCUACCAUAACAAAUAGCCAGGCAAACAUUCUGCCAGUCAUUGUGACGAACCAUAUAACUACCAUUGCAGCGGAAUUGGAGAAUGGCGCAAAGCUGCUGGGCCAAUGUGAAAUAUCGCAUCCAGUGACGCCUGCAGCUUCCUCUGACUCAGAGCUGCUUCAACAAGCCAAGGAAGACGGAUAUGAGCCUCUCCAUUCUCGAAUAUGCAGACUCUAUUAUAUUAAUGGCUAUGGCCAUGAAGUGUACCCGAAACCAAACCCUCAAUUUAUCAAGAACCUAUCAACUUCGGAGGUGUUGGUGUACUCAUGUGGAUCUUUGUGGACGAGCAUCAUCCCCUGCCUGGCUCUCCGCGGCGUAGCAUCUGCGAUCGCGGGAUCUCGGCUCCUACGUGUCAAAGUGCUUCUAUUGAACGGCAAGAAUGAUAGAGAAACAGAUGGAUACAACGCCGUCGACUAUAUCAGAGCUAUCGCCUCGGUGUUGAAUCCACAGCACCCGCCAAACGGACUAGGGAAUGCUCCAACGUAUCCGAUCUCAGCCUUCAUCACACAUCUGGUAUAUCUUAAGGGGACAAAGGUAGAAGUAGACGUCGAAGCCAUAACGACACUCGGUGUCAAGUGUAUUUUGGUCGGAAAAACCUCCGAACGCGUUCUUGAUCCCGGAGUACCGCAAUACGAUGCUCCUCUGGUUCGGCAGGCUAUGGAGGAGAUUUUAUUAGGACAAUAG